ACAAUAAUGGAAGCACCUUUAAUUUCUUCAAAAAAAAAAAAAACGGGGGGUCAAGCAACCACCCCUUCUCGGUUCACUAUAAAGAACCUUACACGCAGCGCGGAUAAAAAGAAGGACGAAGAAAAACCGGUGACUUGCAGCACCAUUGCAAAGUUCCAUGUUGGAUCCAAGUCCAUAAAAAGGCACAGAUUGGUCCUCAAAACUUUCACAUUCAAGUCCCAUUCUCAAAUACCGGACUAUCUUGAAAGCCAAGCGCGUGAUCCCAUGAUGGAAGACAGCGCAACCAUCUUAGCCGCACUCUCCACUCUCUCUCCUUCCCAACUCUCCCGUCUCUCUCUCUCCCUCCUCUCCGCCACCCACCGCCACAACCUCCGCCUCUCCUCCGUCCUCUCCUCCCCCUCUCUCUUCUCCUCCACCCUCCGUCAUCUCCGCUCUCUCUCCCUCCCCCACAAGUACCUCCUCAUCGGCCGCCACCUCCUCUUCUCCCUCCACCGCAUCACCGUCCACUUCCUCUCCGACCCCACCCUGCGGCCGCCCAUCUCCACCGCCAUUCGACAUACUGAUCUCGACGCUGUUCUCCUCCUCCUCUUUCUCUGCGAAACCCACCAACACAAUCCCACAGUCCUCGAGGAGAAUUAUUCAGAUUGGCGGGUCAGCUUGUGUAAUCUUUUCUCUCAUGAGUUGUUGACAGCUGCUUAUUCUCCCGUGGGAACCUGUACUUGGACAGCUCUGGCUCCUUACGUUGACAUGGUGAGUCGGAGCUGGAGACUUGUGAGGGUGAGCUGCCGCGGUGGGAAGAAGGGGGCGUCGGCGGAGACCCUGGUGGAGCUUCCGACGGUGGACUUGAAGGAGGGAGGGAGGGAGUGUGUGAUAUGUAAAGAGGAGAUGAAGGUAGGGAGGGAUGUGUGUAAAUUACCGUGCGAGCAUUUGUUUCACUGGAGGUGUGUAUUGCCGUGGCUGAAGAACAACGACAUGUGCCCUUGCUGUCGGUAUCGGUUGCCGUCCGAUGAUGUCUUCGGAGAGAUCCAACGGCUCUGGGAAAUGUUAAUCAAACUGGGUGCCAAGCAAAGCCUGGUUUAGUCAUGAACGCCAUCAACUUUCACAGCAUACAUGCAUACAUCCAUACGAGGAAGACGGACAAUGAUGUGGCCACGGACAAUGUCAAACUGUCAAAGCCUCUUUUUUUUUUUUUUUAUCUCUAUAAAUGCAUUAUGUUUAAUUAAUGGCAGUAUCAUAAAUGGAUAUAGGCAAAAGCCUUAUAACU